AUUCAUCAGAUACUUGCAACAUAAAAAAUAUACUCUUAUUUACGGCGUUGGUCAACUGCAUUACAAGCACGCUUUCAGUGAAACUGCGUUCGGUUUGCCUAUCAGCAAAGUCCCCGGCGCAACUAGUUUAUUGACUCACAACACGAUUAGCAGGAUGCCUGCGCCGCGAUGGAAGCGUUUGUGACACGAGGCGUGUAUGUCUCGGGCUACUCAUAGUAGCUCUUCAGCCUGCCCUGCGGGUCGGCUUCGCCUUUCCAGAGCGCGGAUGGUGCGCGCAUCCGUCGCCCGCAAUCGGCCCUUGCAAACGGGGUCGCUAGCGUGGCUGGUGCUCUUGACUUUCUCGCUAGCAUGGGUCACUAUUCCAGUUUCAGACGCCCUCCAGUUCCCGGUCAACGUGUCCGUCACCUCCUCCGCCGCGACCGACGCGCCCAGCGCCAUUGCCUAUAUUGGCGCGCUGCUUGACGUCCUCUGGAACGUGCCAUGGCAGCCCAACUGCAUUAACGACACGCGCCGCAGCUACGAUGCGCCCUGGCCCAGCCGAUGUGCCCUACCAGCCGUACAGUACGGUUACUACGAUGAGACGUACAUCGACGCGACGGUGUACAGCGGCAACUCGCUGCGGCCAUUCUACAGCACCUGCCGCUACCCGGCGAGCUCCGACCCCUACGCGUUCCUGGAGCCCUACUCGAUGCCAUGGGUUGACGACUUCGGCAUCUACCAGCCGGUCCUGGAUGGAUUUGACAUGUGGUGGGGUUUCACCGUGAACACAGUCGAUAGCAAUUUGAAGUGGAUAGACCCGGCCUGGACAGCGCAGGGCGCGUGGCUGGGUGGUCAAGACUUUCGCGACGCGGUCUGGAACUUCGGCACGCAUUAUUGCAGCUGGCCAUUCGUUGAAUGCAGCAGCUGCGAGAACUACGACAUCGCGGACCCAUAUGAUCCGGAUAAGAUAGCAAAUGGCAUCGUGCCGGCGGUCAUCACGGCCCUGGAUUUCCGCAAUGCCUCGCUGUACAUCUAUUACCUUGACUUUGGCAUGUUCCCGGCCGGCUCUCUCGACAACGUCUGGUACCUGAACCUCGCAUACAACUUCAUCGGCGGCCCGCUGCCAGCCAACCUGCCCACCCUCUUGCCCAGCCUGCAGCACCUGGCCCUCGACCACUGCCGCGCUACGCCCGACGUGCGCGGUACGGCAUCGCUGCAGUACGGCUGGCAGCAGUACCCCUCCACCGGGCAGCCGUACGAGUACUGCAGCGACGGUGACGUAACCGGCAGUGAUGGUACUGAGUACGUGAUCAGCGGCAUGAUCCCGGAUGAGUGGGGCGAUGCGGUGGCGGCGGCGGCGAGCGACAGCAGCCUGCCAUGGGCCAACCUGCGGACUGUACGGCUGUCCAACCAGGCCCUGUACGGCCCCAUCCCGGAGGGCCUGCGAAGCGCCUCCAGUAGCAUCAGCAGCUGGCGCCUGCAGGGCAACACGGAGCUGUGCGGCCCUCUGCCGGAGUUCGCCGCCCCCAUCAACUCGCUGCUCUACCUAGGCACCAAACUCGGCACCCACACCUGGGUCUGGCACGAUCCAGCCGACCACACCCAGGGCGGCGAAUGUCUGGCGCCGCCGCCGCCGCCCUCGCCGCCGUCGCCAAGGCCGCCCCGGCCGCCGCCGCUACCGCCCAGCCCGCCGCCUCCAUUGCUGCCGCCCAGCCCGCCCGUCCCGCCGCCCAGUCCUCCUUCCCCGCCGUCGCCGCCGCCGUCACCACCGGAGCCGCCCAGCCCGCCGCCCCUUCCGCCAUCGCCGCCAUCGCCAACCCCGGUUGCCCGCUGCAUUCAAGUUGGAGGGAUCUGUGACUCGCCGUCUCCGAUGCCACCGUCUCCCAGACCUCCUCAACCGCCCUCUCCGCCACCGCCGCCGCCGCGGCCGCCACCCAGAGCGCCGCGCCCGUCACCGCCCUUCCACCCACCCAGCCCAGAUAGCCCGCCCGCCUCUUCUGUGCCGCCCAGCCCCGAGCCCCCCUCGCCGAAGCCACCCAGCCCGGCGCCGCCCAGCCCGGCGCCGCCCAGCCCCCCGCCCCCCAGCCCCGCACCACCAUCCCCGGCCCCGCCCUCACCAGCACCACCCUCGCCCCAGCCGCCCAGCCCCGUGCCUCCGCAGCCGCCUUCCCCCGUCCCUCCUUCGCCCAAGCCGCCCAGCCCUGCGCCUCCAUCCCCGCCGCUCAUCAGCCCGGUCCAGGGCCUUCUGCUUGGCGGCCCGGGCCUGUGGGCAGCGCUGCUGAGCAUUCCAGACGCUGCCAAUAGCGUGUUUGUGGUGUCGGCCGGUCUUCCCACCUCCGUCGCGCCCUCCACGCCCCCCGAGCUGCUCGCCUCCUUCUGCACCGUCUGCUCCUGCCAGCUCACUGCUACAGCCAUCAGCCUCGUCGGCGGCAGUAGCAGAGGCAACAACACAAACGGCAGUAGCAGCGGAGGUAACUACUACAGCAACGGCGGGGACGCCGCAAUCCAACGCAUCCCCGCCGGCAACUCCACGGAUCGUGGUGGCAGUAGCAGCGGCAGCGGCGGCAGUAGCAGCUGGGGCCCGGGGACGGAGACGGCGGCGGAGUGGGCGGUGGAUGCCGUACAGGACGGCACGUACCAGCUACAGCUGUCGAUCGGCGGGGUGACGUACACUCGUACGGUGGUGGUUGACCGCACGCCGCCGUCCGUGUCUGGCAAUGUGACACUCAGCGCAAAUCGCAUCAAGCAGGAGCCCUCCGCCGUCGGCGAGGCCUCACUCAACGCGCUGGGCUCAAAACAGGCCAUGCUGCUCACCAUCUCCUUCUCAGAGCCCGUGCCCGCCUUCGACCCCGCCGCCUCGCUCAUCGUCACCGGCGCCCUGGUGGCGGAGUGGGUGGCUGCGGCCGACAAGAUGACAUUCUACGUGCUGGCAAUGACACUGCCGGCCGAGCUGGUGGCAACCGCUGCCGGCAGUAGCAGCAGCAGUGGCACUAGCAGGAGUGGGAAUGGGAAUGGAACGGCGGCGGCGGCGGCGGCGGCGGCUCCGCCGCCGCCGGCAGGAACUACCGGCAGGCGGCGCGCGCUACAGCAGCAGGCGGCGGCUCCGCCGCCGCCGGCGAGCGGCAGUAGCAGCAGCCUCAGCGGCGCCGCAACCGCCAACCAACAGCAGCGGCAUGUGCACUUCCUGCUGCCUGCUACAGCCUACGCUGACGCGGCGCGCAACCCGGGUCGCAACGAUCUGUCGUUGUCGGUUGAGCUAACGGACAAUGCGGUUGCGUCGCCGGCGGUUGGCGAGGCCCUGGCCACAACGGCGCGUGUAACCGCCGCCACCUACCCAGCAGUCGCCGCCACAACGACGCUUGUUGCCGCGGCAUCCAGCUCCUUCGCUCAGGCCAUCCGCGCCAAGGGCUCGCUAUUGCAGGGCUCCUACCACAUCCAGAUGCUCACCAUGAGCCUGUACCUGGCCAGUCGGGGGGUGGGGCGCGAGUACGGCGAAUAUGCCGUGGAGUUCAAGUAUGCCGUGCUGGGCGUGAAGGGCAAUCUGGGCCCGGCUGAGGCCGCCAUGCCCACGAACGAAAAGGAGGUCACGGCAGCGGAGCAAGCGCGCCAGGUCGGCGGCGACCUCUGGCCCAUUGGUAACGACCUCCUGGGUGGCAGUAGCAACACCACCGCCAGUGGCAGUAGCAGUGGCAGUAGCAGUAGCAGCAACAGCCCGCCUCGCCGGCCGCCGCCGCCGCCAGCAGCGGGCAGCACCGGCCUGCUCUUCUCCAACGCAGACGCGUCGCCGCCACCGCUGGCUGUAGCAACACCCGCGCUGCCGGCGCCUUUGCCCUCGACUAUAGCAGCAGCAGCCACAGCGGCGCCGCCGCGCCUGCCAAGCCCGCCGCCGCCAGCUGUCGGCAGUAGCACCGGCGUGCUGCCUCGCCGGCACCUCAUGCAGCAGAUGCUACAGCCGCCGGCUGCGGCGGUGGCGGCGCCACCGCCGCCGCCUGCCUCGUCCUCGGCACUGGUGCUACAGCCGUCGCCUCCUCCUCCGCCGCCGCCGUCCCAGCUUCUGAUUCAACAGGCCAGCGCAACCUACGUGUCAGACAUGCAGGACCUGCUGUACACGCUGGUGGUGGCCGCCAUGCUCAUAACCGCCGUAGCCGCCGGCCGCUUGAUCGCUGCCGUACUGUACCGCCUGCUUGUUUCCCCGGAACCCCAUCCCUUCCUGGCCUUCCCCCGCCUCGAGACCACCAUCGCUGGUCUGAUCCUGGUGGCCCUUACAUUCUAUUCCUGCAUGGCGCUAGGCGGGCCCGCCGCCGACUGGCACGGCAGCCGUACUGCGGCGUAUUGCGUUUUAACCAUCGCGGUUGUGCCGUACGCGGCCUUCCUGUGGUGGUUGGCGCUGGCGCGCGCAUGGAUGGUGCCGCAGUUCACGCUUGUGGAGCCCAUGACCACUUCCAGCUACGCCUCGCCCCGCCCCUCCGCCUUUGAGCGAGCCGACCGCACCAGCCCCCGGCCCUCCACCGUCUCCAUCGCCACAGCCGCCGACAUCGGAGGCACCGCGACCGGCGGCGGCGGCGGCGCCGCCAGCGGUGCCUGUGCUGACGUCGGUGCGAUGGCGGCGCCCGCCACGGUGGCGGCGGGAGCCGACGUCCCCUCGGAGGAUGACCGAUACGCCCGCGGCCCGCACUGGAAGCAGUUUGAUGGUGUCCUUCCGCCGACGGUAGCCAGCGGCGUGGGUGGCAGCGGCGGUGGCGUGGUGCCGCUGCCGCCGCUGGUGGCGCUGCCGGGCAGCGGACGCCACCUGCCGCUGCCGCCGCUGCUGCCAGCCGCGGGCGCCGCCACCGCCGCAGGCGGCGGCGCCGCCACCGCGCCCGGCUCGCCACGCGGCGCCGCCGCUGGCGAGGACACGCACCAGUUUGGGCCUCACUGGCGCAAGUUCUCGGUACCAGACGACGGCGCCGCCACCGCCGGCGUUGGCGUUGAUGCAGCCGCUGGCGGCGCUGGCGGCGGCGGCGGCCGUGGGAGCCGCGGCGGCAGCACCGAUGGCGUGCGCUUCGCCAAUGGCACCCGCACGCCCUCUGACGACGGCGCCAAGGGGAGGAGCAGCAGCCAUGGCGGCGGCAACGGCGGCAAUGCCAUGAGUUCCGGCGCCGCCUCAUUCGGUGCCAGCGCCGGCGGUGGCGGCGCCGCCGCCGCCAGCCGCCUCGGAUCCCGCUCCGGCUCGCCUGGAGAUGGGGACUACAAUGCAAUGAGCUCCGGCGCCGCCAUGCGAGGUGGCGGCGCCGGUGCCAGCCGCUUUGGGCCUGCGGGCUCCCGCGCCGGCAGCCCUCCCGAAGGCGCCGGCGGCUACGCUGGCGGCGCCAACGCCAUGUUCGCCGGCACCGCCGGCCGUGCCGGCGCCAUCUCGCCCGCCCACGACGGCAGCAGCCGCCCCGGAUCUGGAUCCAACGAAGGUGGAUCCCGCCAGAUGUCGUACGGAUCCAACAAUGCGAUGACAGCCGGCGCCGUCGGCGUCGGCGGCGGCGUGCGCCGCCCCGCCGGCUCGCUGCGUAACGCCAGCGACGGCGACGCGCCGCCGCCGCUGCCGGCACCGGGCACUGUUCCGCUGCCGUUCGCAAACCUGCUGACGUCAGGCGCCGACGUCCGCUCCCGCCGGGCUCUGAACGCCGAGGCAGUGGCGGCGGCGGCGGCUGGCGGCGGCGGCGGCGGCGGCACGUCGCGUAGCGGCAGCGGAAACAGCAACGGCAGCCGUGCCAUUGGGCUGGCGUCUGUGCCCGGCACGGCCGACCGCCAGAGCUUGAACGUGCUUCCCGAGGAGGCGGCGGCGGUUGCGUCGCAGAUGCCCGGCUUUCAGAAGGAGCAGCUGGUGGCAAGCGGCGGCAGCGGCGGCGGCAGCGUGGCGGGCAGCGUGGUGGGCGGCAGCGUCGGCGGCGCCAGCCGCCGCGUCCUGGCGGCGUCUGCAUCGCGACCUGGCAGCCUCAGCGGCCUCGCCGGCGGCGGCAUCGCCGCUGCCGGCCCCGUCAACGGCGGCGCCGUCAGGCCGCGCGUCGGCGGCAUGUCCCUUGGCGGCGGCGGCGCCGCUGACGUCAAUGAUGCGCCGGGAUCGCCGCGCCAGCCGCGGCCGCGCGUGGGCUCCACCCCCACCAACGUGCCGGCGGCGGUGGCGGCGUCGGCCGGCGCGCCGCGCCCGCCGCGCAUUACGGAGGUGGACGAGAUGGGAAUUGCGGUGGUGUCGGCGGCGGAGGUCGCCGCCACGGCGGCGGCGUCAUCGUCGCCGCCAUCGCCGCCGCUGUCGCCGCCAAUGGCGGGCAAGCGUGGCUUCUUCCUGCCCACGCCGCCGCCGGCCUCCCUGCAGGCGGCGGCGGCUGCCGCGACCGCCGCCGCCAACGCGUCCGCCGCGGCGGCGGAGCGGCAGGCGGCGGGCACGGUAGGCAUGGCGCCGCUGCCGUCGACGGCGUCGGCCAGGGCAGCGGCAGGUGCCGGCGGCGGCGCGUCGCUGCAGCGCUCGCGGACCUCCCUUGCGCCGGCGGCGAGCUCCGAGCCAGUGUACGGCGACGGACUCGGCGGCGCGGCGGGGAUGCUGGCCCGCCGGGCGCGCGUGCGGCGAAUGGUCACGCUGGGUGACGCGGCGUCCCCUGGCGGCGACGGCAGUACUGCUGCGGCGGCGGCGGCCGACCGACGCGGACUGCGCUUCGGCUCUGUCCCCGUCGCGACGCCCAGCGCCGACGCGGCGGCGGCGGAGGCCAAAGCGCAGGCGGCCGCCGCCGCCGCCGCAGCGGCGGCGGCGAAGCCGCCGCAGAAGCAGGCCCGCAGCAACGGCUGGCUGAACAACGACGCCGGCGGCUCUGCCGCCGCUGGUCCCGUGGCGGAGGCGACGGAGGAAGACCCCGCUGCCGCCGGCGGCGGCGCUGCCGCCGGCGCCGCCGGUGCCUGGCGGACCCGCUACGCCUCGCAGCUUGCCGCCGCCGGUGGCGCCGCCACUGAUACAACCGACAGCGACGGCGAGGGCACGCAGCCAUGGAACCGAGACUCCUUCCGUCGCCGUGAUCGCGACGCCGCCGCCGCUGCGGCGGCGCGCCGCCGUGGCAAGGCGCCGCUGCCGCCAGGCGCCGACCCGCACCAGUUCUCUGGCGGCGCCGCCAUCAUCAGCACUGCCGCCGGCGAAGACCUCUUCGUUCUGCCCGACGCUGAUGCCGACGCCGCCGCCAGGCGCAAGUUCUCCUCUCACGAGGACAUCGUGUUGCAGACCGACGGCGGUGGCGGCGCCGCCGCCGCUGGCGGCGGCGGGCGGCGCUCGGUGGCGUUGGUCACGGGCUACCGCUACAGCCGCGGCUACGGCCGCGACGGCGGUGGCGGCUGCAGCCGGCUGCUACUGCCGAGCCCGCGGCUGAUGGCCAUGUUCGAGUUCCUGUUUGAGGACAUGUUGGGGUCCGAGCCCGAGCAGCAGCUGACACGCGCCCAGCGGCCGGCUCGCCUGGUGGCCACCGCCCUCAACUUCACGCACAAGGCGGGCUGCGCGGCUGCGCUGGGGUACUGGGGGCUUCGGGAGCAGAGCUGGGCGCAGCUGGGCACACUGCUGGGGCUGCAGGUGGUUAUGCUGGUGUACCUGCUGGCGGUUUGGCCGUACGCCGAAUGGCAGUUGGCGGCGAUGGAGGUUGUGUGCCACGCCGCCGAGCUCGGCAUCUUUGUGGCCGCCACGGCGGUUGCCAACCGCUUCGUACACAGCAGCGCCGCCACCUUCGCCAUGAUAGCCCUGUUCUUCCUCACGCUGGCCGCCGUACUGUUGUACGAGGUACGGCGGUUGUACCUGCUCCUCAAAGAGGUGUGGGCCGUACUCCGUACCAAGAUCGCGUCAUGCCGUGGCAGCGGCGCUGGCAGUGGUGGCGGCGGUGACGGCGGCGGCGGCUGCUUCGGUCGUUUCGGCGGCCGUGGUGGCGGCGCCGCCGCGGCUCAGGAACAGGGCGGAAAGAACGCGUUUGCGGACGUGCAUCCCCCAGCAGCCAUCCUGUCAGCGCCACAGCCGGUGCUACUGCCGCAGCUUCAGGCUGCUGCUACUGCCGCCGGUGGCGACGCUGCUGCAGCCGUGGCGUCAGGCCCAAUGGGUGGCAUGGAGGCGGCGGCGGCGGCGGCGGCGGCGCAAACGCGGCACCCGUCUGUUGGCAAUGCUACAACCGGCGCACCGGCUUCUGCUACUGCCGCCCCCGCGGCUUCUGCUACUGCCGCCCCCGCGGCUUCUGCUACUUCCGCCACUGCGGCUGCUGUUGCUGCUACUGCUACCCACGCGCAGGCUGCUACAGUGGGGGGCCGGGCAUCCACCAGCAACGUGUGAGGGGAAGAGGGAGAUGGGGUUAGGAGCACGACGCGACACGGUGUGUUUUGUGGCAUGAGAGGCAUGCAGAGUGGUCGCACCUGUUUCCCGCGCACAUUCGUAUCCUGGCACGACUUUUAGGACCGACUUGUUUUGGACGCAUGUACGCCCACACACUCACGCGACACGUACAUAACAUUUACCACACGUUUCUUUAACAAAACUUGCAACACAGCUAAGCACGGCCUGACACGAUUUAAUAAGGCCUAAAGGCUGUAGCUCCUGAGAUGGAGUGAGCGGCCGCGGCAUAAGUUGUGUUGGAGAGGCAUGGCCGACCGACCAACCUUGGCAUGCAUGGGAGUCAUGAUGCUCCCUCCUGACAGGUUUCGGUCAGUCGCGCCACCCAGAUUGACGUUUGACAACCCAGUUUGGGACGUGAUGUGCCUGCAAUCGUAUUCAUCCCUGCUGAGAGUGAUGGUGUCUUCUUCUGAUUGGAAUGUGGGCUCCUGUGUGCGCGUUAAGGAUCGGUGAUUGCCGUGCUCUUCAUGUGGGGCGGGGAGAGAUGCCGCACGCUGUGAGAGGCUGGCCUGUUGUGUUUCGAGUCCUGGCGGCGGUGACUGGCAUGAAAACCAUGUUGGAGAAUGGAGAUCUUGUACUGGUUCACUACAUGGCUGCGCGCUAUGUUUAACGUCCACUUAUCCG